AUGCCGGCGGAUUAUACCUCUACCGCCCAGGCCCUGUCCGUCUCGACCUCUCCCACUUCUCCCCUCUCCGCCGCGGAAGACGACGAGGAUAAUCAGAUGCCAUGGAGUCAUCUAGCACCCGGCCGACGACGUACGGCCGGUCUCUCGUUGAACGAACCGCCGACCUUAUGGGACCAGAUCGUGGAGCGUUAUAACAAGACAUCCCGGCAUGUGUUGCGCACCUGGAGGAGGAUGACCUUGUGGCAACGCGUGGGUGCCGUCUUCGCCGCCUUACUCCUCAACGUCUUAGCGGCCGGCUUCUUGGCUUUCACCGGAAAGGUUUUUAUCUGGCUGGGGCCAGUGGCGGAGCAGUGGGAGACGUCGCCUUGGGCCUUCAUUGCCCUCUGGUGGUGUGUCUUUUUCGUUUCCUUCCCGCCGUUGGUGGGCUGGUCCACCUUUGGGACCAUAGCCGGCUAUAUCUUUGGUAUCUGGAAAGGCUGGAUCCUAUAUGCGACCGCCUCGGUGCUCGGUUCUACCUGCUCCCUCAUCGUCUCCCGGACGGUCCUGUCGAGCUUCGUGCAUCGUCUGAUGGAACGGGACAAGCGAUUCGCGGCCCUGUCGCUGACGUUGAAGUACGACGGGCUCAAGUUGCUGUGUAUGAUUCGCCUCUGUCCGCUGCCGUACUCGAUCUGCAAUGGUGCCGUGUCCACCUUCCCUUCGGUGCAACCCUUGACCUACGGACUGGCAACGGCCAUCAUUUCCCCGAAACUGUUGGUUCCCGCGUUCAUCGGCAGCCGCAUUCGCCUGCUGUACGAAAAGAAUCAAGAAAUGAGCAUCGCAUCGAAAGCCGUGAAUGUGUGCAGUAUCUUCGCAACGGUCUGCAUUGGCGUCUUCACGGGAUGGUAUAUAUACAGGAGAACCUUGGCACGAGCCAAGGAGCUGGAAGAGCAAGAACGGGCGGGCCUCCGCAGUUCCUCCCAGACCGAUCGUAGGUUCUCGGAGGACCCGACUGCCCCCGCGGCCGCCCCCACUCACGCGCGCGACGAGGAAGGACGCAUCGACUUCAACGACUUCGACGAUGAUAAUAUCGACCUGGUGAUCGAUGACGAAAGUGGCAGUGACCACUCGCUCGAGCAGAGAAAGAGCCGGGGCCUAUACCACGACGAGUUCACGGACCAUGAUUCUGAAUUUUUCCAGGAUGGAGACGGUGCGGCUGGCGAGAUGUACAAUCUACAUAACCAUGUGCGGAGAAGCCCGGACGUGUAG